AAAAAGAGCAGGGGGAAGGAAUUCACCACAGCAGAAAUACAGGACUGGACUGGAAGGAUGGCAGACAGUACUUGCAAAGGCAAUGAGCUGAUCGACACGACUUGCACAGAGACUUCUACGAGAGGUGCAGCAGCCAUGUUUGACCGCCUCCACCUCCUGAGCCCCGUCCUCCUGUUCCUCCCCCUGGUCAUCCCUGUCCCGCCCCCCGGAGGUGCCUCUCCUGCCCCCUGCCGCCGCUGCUGUGACGACCUGGAGCCACAGGAGGGCCCUCCAGCUCCUCAGACGGGGGACCAAAAGAGUGGCCUGAACCAGAUGCCUGAAGUCCGCACCUUCAUCAACAUGACCAUCCUCAAAGGGGACAAGGGAAUCCGCGGGGACAGGGGGACACCUGGGAAGUCUGGUGAGGAAGGCGCUCCUGGAUCCCGAGGGCCAAUGGGCCCCAAAGGAACCAAGGGCCAGGCGGGCCCCCCAGGGGACCCCUGCAAGACCCAGGACGCAGCCUUCUCGGUGGGGCGUCGCAAGUCCCUCCACAGCGUGGACUAUUACCAGGCCCUGGUGUUCGACACAGAGUUCGUCAACCUCCACGGCCACUUCGACAUGUUCAAAGGAAAGUUCUACUGCUACGUCCCUGGGAUCUACUUCUUCAACGUCAACAUCCACACCUGGAACUUUAAGGAGACCUACCUGCACAUCAUGAGGAAUGACAAGGAGCAGGCCAUCGUGUACGCCCAGCCCAGCGAGAGGUCCAUCAUGCAGAGCCAGAGCCUUAUGUUGCCCCUUGAGCUCAACGACGAGGUGUGGGUCCGGCUGUACAAGAGGGAGAGGGAGAACGCUGUGUAUAGCGACGAUGUGGAUGUGUACAUCACCUUCAACGGAUACCUCAUCAAGCCCACCCUGGAGUGAGAUGACCUGCUGGGUCGAUUUCAGUAGGCACAAAACGGAAGAAAACGCUCUAAACAGUCAAACGGGGAGGUACUAUCUGAACUUGUCCAGGAAGAGGCGCUUGUUUUCUUUUUCCGUUGCAAAAUGUUUAAAAUGUGUUUAAAACGGUGUGCCCUAAUGAACAUGAUCCCUAACUGACCUGAGGGGAGGGUCAGAGUUCAGAGUUCAGGAGGUUCCGAUUGAAAGGGGGGCCUCUUUACACAGGGUUUUCAUUGAUGCACACACCCACUUUUAAGUGCCUCUAUACGCUGCAAUGGGAUACUAGGGGCUUGUAAGGUAAUGUCCAUAGAUUCCUUCUCCCCUGUAUUGAAAAAAGCAAUAUUAUUAGAUGUACAGUACCAGUCAAAAGUUUGGACACACCUACUCAUUCAAGGGUCUUUCUU